AAGAGCAACACGUUCGAUGUAAACAGAUAAUAGCACAAGUCAUGCAAUUAGAAACGCAUAUAAACGUAUUUCCCAAUAUAUAGUUAAAUAUCUUUUGUGACGCAGCAGCACUUGGCCGUAGCACGCUGCCUCACAGAUAAAACGCAUUGUCAUUCGAAUAGUGGUGUCGUCGACAAAACGUUGCACGUUAAGCACGUUGUGUUUCGAUUUGAAUUGAAAUUGAUAUGACGCAGAUUGAUAACGUGUUCACGCAAGUGCGUGCGUUGCUGCAAUCGCAGUCAGUGAAGCUGUGGGAGGAGCCCUACUAUAACGAGGAGCUCGGCAGCAUUGAGGCAUCCAUCGAGCUCCUGGCUGAUCAAUUCAGUUCCCAGCUAAGCAUAGAAUCCUCCAGUUGCAAGUGCGCCAUCAUUGAGCUGCAGGAUCAUGCACUACGCAAACUUGCCGCACGCCGUGAGUUCAACGAGACGGGCUUGGCCACGUUCAAGGUGCGUCGCAUCGACAAUCGCAAGGGAACCGCCAACAUCAUCGACAUCAAGUGUGAUCUCAACGAGCUGGGCUCCACGCUGCAACAGACGAUUGCCACCAAGCUGCAGCUAAGCGAUCCGAAUCACGUCAAGUGCAUCGCAGGCGGUCGCAUCAUUGCACCCAACAGCACUUUGGCUGCUCAGCAGCUGAAGAACAAUCAACAGCUCAUUAUUAUUGUCGGCGGUGGCGGCGAGGGCGAAAAUCAAAAUGCGGGACUCCAUGAGCGCAUUAGCAAGAUUAAGGCCGAUGUAGAGGCUGUGGUCGCCUCCGACACUCAGCUCAUGGAGAUGGAGGAUCAGGAUGGCAAUCCGGUGUUCCUGCCGCCCAAUGAAAACAAGGCUCUGCUCACUGGGAUGGGAUACUGCGAGAAGGCACGCGCCUCAAUGCAUCGCGAGGAUUACGAGGAGGCGCUGCUGCUGCUGCUCGAGGCGGAUGAACAGUUUGCGGCAUGCAACUCCAAGUUUCUGGAGUCCGUGGACAACUAUGCGCUCCUCAAUCUGGACAUUGUGUGGUGCUAUCUCUGCCUGAAGAACGUGUCGCAAUUACCCGACGCUGAUCGUCGUCUGGGCAUCUGUGAGCGCAGCUUUCGACGCAGCUACGGCGACAACUAUUCGCGCCUGUAUGCGCUCAAAGGACGCGGCUGUCCAGAGCGUGCGCUCAUUAUGCGCCUCCAGUUGCUUCAGGGUGUUGUGCUCUUCCAUCAGAAUCGCCGCGAUGCGGCCUACGAACGCUUUGAGGCUGCUGCAGCGGUGCUCAACGAACUGAAGGUGAACGAUGAGCAGCUGCUGCUCCUCGUCGAGAUGGGUUACGAUGUCAGCGAUGCCCGGCUCGCGCUUCGCUCCAGCUCGGGCAACGUGGAGCGCGCCGUGCAGUUCAUUCACCAGCGCAAGCAGCAGCUGCGCGAUGCACGCAAGCAAUCAAAGUCGGAGCGGGCAAUGCAUCGACGCUACGAACAGCAGACGCUCAAGGACAGCGACUGGGUGAAUCCGCGCAGCAUCUGCACACUCACCGAGAUGGGUUUCGAUCGUCAUCUGGCUGCCGCGGCGCUCAAGCGUGCCGACAACGAUGUGCCACGAGCGGUGGAACUGCUGCAAACGGGCUCAGCGGAGUUGCGCGCCAGCUUGCCAUCGCCAGAGAGCGUGGACGACGUGCAGCUGAAUGCGUUGUUGCAAUUGGGUUUUCCCGAGGCGACGGCACGCGCCGCUCUCGAAGCCACACGCAACGAUCUGCUGCGUGCCACCGACUUUCUGCUCAAGGCCAUGCAGAGCGAGGAGGAGCUGCUGCAGACGGUGGAGCGCGUUGCCAAGCUGGCCAGUGAUGAUGUUAGUGCCGUUGCAUCCACGUCGCAGGGAAGCGGAGCAGCAGCCACGACGAAUGCGGCACUCAUCGAUGCUGUGCUGCAGAAGGCGAAAUGCGAAAUUGAUGCGUAUCAGGCGUACAAACGUUUGCAUGCGGAUCUGACGCACAACGAGCAGGAUUAUCUGGAUCUGCCGCUGCAGCAGGAGGAGCAGCUGCUGACCGAGUAUCGCAAUCUGCUGGAGCAAUAAUUCUAUGCGUUGCUUUUUAACCUUGUUUUGUGUUAGUUUGUAAGCCCUUUGAAUGUAAUUAUAUUCGUGUUUUGUUUGGAAAAUAAAAAUCAGUGUAACAAGUGCAAAUACCCGAAAUGAAAAUCUUGAUAAAAGUUAAU